AUGGCGUCCACUACUACCCCGCCAGAUUCUCCCGUCUCGACGGAUGAAUUCCUCCUCGAUGCAGUCAUUGAUCAAGACGCCUUAGAACGCAUUCUCAACGAACAAGAAACAACCGUCAACAAGUAUGGCGGCCGCGCCAGCACCAUUGCCUCCGACUCGACUCCCGACUACGAAAGCGAACGAAGCGUCUCCGAUCAUGAAACAAAGAAGAAGAAGGAGUGGGUGCGGCCAGGACGGCUGAAGACCGUUGGUGAUGUCAACAUGCCCGCCGUGAAUGAACGUUCUGGCGGCGCUGGACGGCUGGAUACCUGGGACAGAGACCUUGUGCAACAAUCCGCAGAGAUACCCACAGUAGACUUUGGCCCGACUUUGAUGUACAAGCCGAGUGGUCGCCCUGGUACUGGUGGUACUGUCACGCCCGGUGGCUUCGACAGGCGACGAUCAAGGUCGAGAUCAAUCGAUCGACUACGACAGAGCUCGGGCUCGAGGCUGAGCGGCUACUUUGUAACCCCUAGUCCGGGUGAGAACAAUCAAGCUUCAUACUGUGGAGGCCGAACGACGCCGACUGCUUUCGACGGGUUCGACCAGCCUGGUAACCGGAACAGCGUAGCAUGGACUGUGGCCGAUUCGCCUGGGUCGGUGUCACCAGAAAGAGCGAUGCGUAUGCAGAAGAGACAGACAUUGUCGGCCGAGGAUUGGGUACAACACCGCGCUGCCCUCGCUGGCCAACUGCAAGCACCAAGCAGGAGAUCAUUGUUACCACCACUUGCGCAUCAACGGCAUGUUUCUACCAGUGCUGUGCCACGGAGGCAGUCAAGCAAGACUCCACCGCCUUUCAUACAGCGGCCAAAGUCAACAGAGUUGCUUCAACUAUCUCAAAACCGGACUCCUCCCAGUCGCCCGCAUUCUCGUGGUGCCAGUGUCUACUUGAACAGCCCCGGCUUGGUCAACAGCAACCAGGGCGCCACGCUGUCGGCUAAGGAGCAGAUGCAUGUCGCACGUGCAACGGGCACGAAGCUCAUCGACCUGGCAGCGAACUCGAAGGAUAGAGGCGGGCAAGAGUUUGGUCUCAUCGCAGCUGUCGCUGCUCGCGAGCAAGAGAAGAGCAACAUGCACAAAGGUAUACGAGGUGCUGCCGUCGAGCAAGCCAUUCAAGCUCGUUACGAGCAAGAAUACACCAGAGAAGCGAUGGCUCGUCAGCAAGCAGAGUACGAGGCACAGCAACGAUAUUUGCAAGAGCAGCAAACCUUUCAGUAUCAGCAAAUGGCAUUUCAGAGAAAUAUGGCUGCCCAGCAGCAUCGCAACUCGAUGUACGCCAGAUCAUCGUCAGCUUUGAGGAUGCAGCAGGGCAACAACGUGGCGCCGCAGGCGCAGGCGCAGCAACACGGACAACGGUAUGUCGGACAAUAUGGUCAGCAACAGCAGGGCAUGACGAUGCCGCAGCAGCAGGGCUAUCGUGGCAGCUAUUAUGGGAGCCAGGCCGGCCAAGCACAACAACAGUUGCAGCAGCAGCUGCCUAGAUGGUGA